GAGCCAUUAAGUUUCAAACUUUCAUUAUGUAGUUUAGUAGUAAUACUAAUACGGUACCUGUAAAUUUUAAUGUUUAUUUGGUUUAUUAAUAACAAUUGAUAAUAUGGAUUUCACGUUAUUUUCAGUUUUAACUUGUGCGUUUCUAAAAGUACUGAAGCUUGGUUCAACAAUUUACAAAAUAUUCAUUAUUCCCAUUUCAUAUAGUGUUGGAUUUAUCAAAGAUAGUAACGAAAAACUUUAAAGAGCCUGAGGUGAAAGAAAAACAUCAGUUUCUGUACUGUUGGGCUAAAAAUGUCCAAACGUAAAGGUUUGAGUAUAGAAGAAAAACGUCAACGUUUGCUUCAAUUAUUUUACGAAAAAAAAGAUGUAUUUCAAUUGAAAGACCUAGAGAAAAUAGCACCAAAAGAAAAAGGAAUCAUAUCUCAAUCUGUUAAAGAAGUUACACAGUCCCUGGUGGAUGAUGGUCUAAUUGAUACAGACAAAAUUGGAACUUCUAUUUAUUUUUGGGCAUUUCCAAGUAAAGCUGUAAAUAAUAGAAAAAGAAAGUUAGAAGAUCUAAAAAAACAGAUUGAAGAAGCAAAGAAAAAGCUCAAAUCUGUUAAUGAAGCAGUGACAAAAGCUCAAAUUGGUAGAGAAGAUACAGAAAAUCGAACAAAGUUAGUGAAAGAACUUAAUUUAGCUGAAAAAGAGAAAGAAGAGCUCAAAGAAGAAAUUCAGAAAUAUAAAGAUAGUGAUCCUGACGUCCUGGAAAGUAUUAAGAAACAAACUGAAAUAGCUAAAGAGGCAACAAAUCGAUGGACAGAUAAUGUUUUCUCCAUCAAGUCUUGGUGCAAAAAAAAAUUUUCUAUUGAAGAAUCUGUUCUUAAUAAACAGUUCAGUAUUCCAGAAGAAUUGGAUUAUGUGGAGUAGGACAAUGCUGUCAGAUGUGUCAUAACAUUUGUUUAUUGUGUGAAUGAUGUAUGAACUUAAAGUCUUUGAAUUUUUAGUUACUUUAUUUAAAUGUUUAUUCUAGUUUUGAACUAGGAUAAAAAAAUUAAGUUUUUGUAACAUAUGCCAAGUUAUGUUGAAUAAAAUUCUAUGUACAUAGUUAUGCAUG